AUGGUUCGCAUCAAGGAAAGAUAUCUCCUCGUCAAUAUCGUUUAUCCCCCGGAGGUGACGGACAGACCCUCACCCAAAGUGCCCGACUUGGUGGUCCAUCGCCAACCUACCGUUGAGAAGCUCACGCCGCAAGCCCUCCUCAAAGCCAUACGAAGUGAAGCGGCGUUAUUAUUUGGCGACUACGGGGCGGGGGCCCUCGAAGGUCAUCUCACAGUCAAGUACCUCUCCCUGGCAACGUCUACCUUCAUUCUCAGGUGCUCCAGGGCGCACCAUCAGAUGCUAUGGGCGUCAUUGACCUUGAUGAAUCGGGUGCCCGUCAAGGAUGGCCGAUCGUGCAUCUUUCGCGUCGUGCGUGUGAGCGGCACGAUGCGCAAGGCAGAGGAAGAAGCAAUUCGUCAAGCAAGAGCGCUCAUCCUGGCUGCCAAAGACGAAGUCUCCUCAAGCAAGGGUACCAUUAUCGGCUCCGAGCGCGCGCUUCAAGACCAAUUCUCGCGCGAGGAGAUGGGCGACCUCAGCGACGAUUCCAUGGAUCAGGACGACGGUUGA